CCACCAUUUUUUCCUGGCUUUCCCCUACUGCGCAGGCGCACCGAGUGAACCAAGAUGGCGGCUCCCGUGGAUCUGGAAUUGAAGAAGGCCUUCACAGAGCUUCAAGCCAAAGUUAUUGACACUCAACAGAAGGUGAAGCUUGCAGACAUACAGAUUGAACAGCUAAACAGAACGAAAAAGCAUGCACAUCUUACAGAUACAGAGAUUAUGACUUUGAUAGAUGAGACUAACAUGUAUGAAGGUGUGGGAAGAAUGUUUAUUCUUCAGUCCAAGGAGGUAAUUCACAAUCAGCUCUUAGAGAAACAGAAAAUAGCAGAAGAAAAAAUUAAAGAAUUGGAACAGAAAAAAUCCUACCUGGAGCGGAGUGUCAAGGAAGCUGAGGACAACAUCCGGGAGAUGCUGAUGGCACGAAGGGCACAGUAGGAAACCUCUAGUGAAAGCAUCCUGCCCCGUUUCAUUCCUGGCAAGGGCAGAGGGGCCCGAAUGGGGGAAUACCCUCUCUUCUGCCCUGAUCGACUUUUUAUUUGAAUGAUCUGGUAACCCUGUGUUUUCUACUUCACCCUGAUCCCUUUCUGAUCCUGGCUUUGCCUGCCACCCUGCCCUACAGGAGAGGGAAGAUGGGAGCCAGAGAAAUAGGGGAGCUCUGCCCAAACCUACUACUAGUUAUGCUGGUUAGACCAAUAAAAGGAAUCUGUUCCCCCACCCACUCUAAGUCUGCCUUUCUUGAGAAUGGAGGGCCAGAGAGGCAGAGGCUUUCAACCUUAGCUCCUCCCUGACCUGUCCUCCUCCAGAGCUUUGGCUCUGUUCCUCUUGCAUUGAAGCCUUUGCUGGUUCUUUUUUUCCUUUCUGUUCCUUUGAGUAAAUCCUCCUACUUCUGAGUGUUCAUGCAGAUCAGGAAGAAGGAAGACCAGGGCAUAGCUGAAUUUAAGUCAACCUUGGUGGCAUUCUGCCUAAAGAUUCCUUCCGUGCUUCCUCGCAUAUGUUCCAUAAGAAAAUGUAGUUUCAGGCGGUCUCCUGGUGGACAGUACAAUCCUAAGGCUGCCUAGAGGCUUAGGGGCAGUGGUGUGCUGGAGCUGGCUUGUACUGGCUCGGGAGAGCCAAUUAUUAAAAAUCAAGUUAUGUAAAUAUAUUUAAAAUAAGGGUAAUAAAUAUUCAGAUUUGCCCCUUCCUAA